AGGUCUUCCUUCUGGAAACUCUGCAGAAAGCUUCUUAAUAGUUACUCUUCAAAACCUAAAAUGUUCUCUUUCGCUUUUCUUCUGUGGUCGCCAUCUCUUUGCUUCUGCCGACAGAACAUCCGAUCGAUUCCUGCAAGAUGACGAUGGAUGAGGGCACUACUGUUGAAUCACGCCCGUCGUCCCCCGACAGUGAGGGCCGUUCUUUUGCAGUACUGGAAUUUGAGAACAAUGUUGCAGACGAGGAAAGUGGGAAGACCGGGCAAAGGAAACGGAAAUCUCCGAAAGGAAAAGGAAAAGGAAAAUGGAGGAAGAAAGGGUGUCGAACCGAUGAUGUCGACAAACCAUCUGAAGCUUUCCAUCAACCAGAACCAACGGGAAAAGAAAAGCCUGUAAGAGUACUACUUAUCAUUGAGAAGAGAUCUCCUCCGCAAGUACUCAAAAUUCUGAAAGAUAGACUUCUUCGACGGAUGAAGAAUGAUGAAUCUGCAGACAUGUCAAAUUGUAUACAGGUUUUGAAAAUGGUGAUCAAAUAUGAGGUUAAAUCUUUCUUUUCAACAAUAGCCGAAAAGCUUGACAAAAUCUCAACUAAGUGGCCUGCUCGGGCUGACCUGAUCAACAUACAGAAGGAUAUAAACGAGGAACAAAAAACGAGGCACUGGUCUGCUGCUUCUGACCUGGACAUCAUACUGAAUGAACUAAACAAUGGGCAGUGGCAUACUGCAUCUGACCUGGACAACAUACUGAAGAAUAUGGGCAAGAAACACAACAUGAGUAAGCAAGCCACAUUAUUUGUUAAGAUGUUCCAUAGAUUUGAAGCAAUAGAACAAAAGAUUAAAGAAUCAGAUAAGAUCCGAGCUAAGGAUUCAACAAAAUUACGUGAGCUUGAAAAUAUCUUCUGUGUUGAGGGGGUUAGCGAGGAGACCCUAAGCGAUAAGAUUUCUACUGUCUGUACAUCGUUGUUUUUGGAAGAGAAUGCAACUAAUAAGUUAUCAAAAGACAAUAUCAUUGAAGAUAUUUUAGCUACAAAGGUGGUCAACAAGGAGACCACAAAAGAAAAGCUUGUUUUGGAAGGAAAUCCAAUCUACAAUAUACCAGGAAACGUUGCUGAAGAAUACUCGGCUGCUGGGUUUUUUCAUCAUGAUUCAUUGUUUUCGGAGGAAGCAAAUGCAACUAACAAGCAUGGUGGAAUUUUGCAUAAGAGUGUGGAAGAUUUAAAAAGGGAACUUAUUGAUGAGAACAAAUGCGACGUGGAAGUUUCUGACUUCCAUGGCUUACAAGAUGAAAUAAACAGUGCUGAAGAUAAUUUUCCGGAUCGGCUGAAACCUAUUGCUAUGAAAAUCGAACAAGAUCGUAAGGAAGGUACUCCUGCUAACAAACUUUAUCAACGGCUUCUAGUGCUUGUCUCUGCUGCUGUCAAAGAGAUGCAAGAACUGCCCGAUAAUAAACUCAGUAUGCCUAUAUUACGUAAGUGGGCAGCUACCUCCAACCUGGCUAAUCGUAUGCAGUUCCAAGUGCCAUAUUUUGAAAACUCAUUAGACAAAAAUAUGCGUGCUUACCUCAGUUAUUCUACAAUGAACCCCAGUUCAGAAAAUUAGUGUUAGCGAACUAGAAAACGACUUGUGAUUUUCGAUUUAGUUACAUUGGAUUUAUGUGGGGUUUUCUUGGCUUUCUGAAACAACACCUCUUAAUGGUUGUUGUUGUUGUUAUAUUUUAUCUUUUACAACAUCAAACUUUGAAGGUUUGUGGAUUAUUGCACUU